AUGAGUGUGACUGAGUACAUGAGUAAGUUUGAUGAGCUAUCUAUUAGAUGUGGAAUAGAAGAAAGCAUGAGCCAACAGAUUUCUAGGUUUAGGAUUGGCCUGAAACCUAAACUUAGAAAAGAGUUGUUUCCUCACCACAUUGAUUCCCUUGAGCAUGCUUUUAAAUUGGCACAUGAUUGUGAGCAGAUGAGUAAAACCCAUUUGAGUAGGAAAUUUGGAACCCCCUCUAAUGACACCAACCAAAGAAAGGCCACAUCGUAUGUGAGGACUAGACCUACCAACACUGGUCAAGUUACCUCAAGAGGUAGCAAUCCCACUGUCCAGCAGCCUGUGGACAAAGGGAAGGCUCCUAUGAAUGGGUCCUCCAAACAAGUGUCUGGAAGUGAUGUGUGCUAUAAGUGUCAUAAAAGAGGUCAUCUUUCCAAGCAAUGCGCCACUAGAAACCUAGCCAUUGAAAGAGAAGAAGAAGAAGAUCAGGAGAAGGACAUCCUUACAUUCCUAAAGAAGUAG